CAAUUUGAUUUAUCCCUAAUUUAUCUAUCUCCCGUUUUGGUUCGUCCCUCAGCCUUCUCUUCCUCUCUGCUCUAUCUCGAUCUGCUCCGUCUCGAUCUCUCACUGCUCGAUCUCCAUUACUUUAGCUCAUCGUAGGCUCUCUCUCUCUCAUCCCUCUCUCUCCACCACCAUUUCUCAGCUGAAGCACUUCUCUGCUCGAUCUCCAUUACUUUAGCUCAUCGUAGGCUCUCUCUCUCUCAUCCCUCUCUCUCCACCACCAUUUCUCAGCCGAAACACUUCUUCCACCUGCGUUUCAGAGUACCUCAAUUUCAGAUUCUCUCUCUUCCCCUCACGGAUCCUACUCAUCCUCUCUCUCUUGGUGUCUAUUAUAUCCAUUGACUUCAAAGCCUCGAUUGCGAUCGUUUCACAUUUCAGGUCGAGGUUGGAGGAUUUGGAUCUUUGAUAUCAACCGCUGAAUUCAAAAAAGGAAGGAUAAAUAAUAAGUUGACAAUGAAACGAACGGUUAGUGAAGUGGAAAAAGUGAGUGAACAAAAUAGCGAAGCUUCAACUUCAAAAUCAUCCCAACCACCGCCGAAGAAGAGACGGGGUCCAACACGAUGCAAAAAUGUCAUAGACGCGAAAACCUUAUUACCUUUAAGGGUUGAUAAGUUUGGACAGCCGAUCAGUCCUGGGAGUGGUACAUAUACUAAUUAUCUGGGAACACUUGCCGGAAGGGUGAAUUAGCUCCUUUGUUCUACAAAACUUGGUGGGAGAUGCCUAAACGGCUGAAGGAGGAUAUGUGGAACAUUGUAAAGGGAAAAUAUGAUGUGGGAAUCAUGACAAAAUAGUGAACAAUAUCCUCCAUCGGAAAAAAAUGGAGGGGGUACAAGUGUGAGUUGAAAAAUGAAUACUACUCAGUUAGGGAUACAGAUGAAGAAAGAUUGGCAAACCCACCACCUAAUGUUGAAAAGGAGCAUUGGGAAUUUUUGGUUAGGCAUUGGGGUACGCCUAUGGCGAAGGAGGUCAGCAAAAAAAAUAAAGAACGUCGUGGGAAGCAGACAAUGAUGCAUACUACAGGGACAAAAAGCUUUGCACGUGUGUCUGCCGAGAUUGAGGAAGACGAGGGUAUUCAGCUUUCUCGUGCAGAUUUAUUCAUCCGCACACAUGUAAAUAAGGAUGGCAAAGCUACUGAUGCUGCUGCUUUGGAGAUGAUUGUAAGUUUUCACGCUUCCAUUUUGCAAAAAGGGGGUCAUGUGCCUUGCAGUGACCAAUUUUUAAACUCUUUACGCUGUAUUAGGGGGUCACGUGCCUUGAAGCGACCAAUUUUUAAAUCAUCGGCCCGUGUGGAGGAAAACAUAAGAGAACUUCAAAAAAGUUACUCUGACUCGUCUAUUGGCAACUCCAAUGAUUUGUUCUCCAUUGUGAGGGGAGAAGAGAGAACUGGUCGUGUGCAGAUGCUUGGCUUCGGGUCUACAUCAAGCGAUGUUUGGGGGCCCUCUCUUAGUAAAGCUGAACUGAUUAAUAAUGCUAAAAAAUCUCAGGAGGAGGCACGUACUACACGUGUAGAGUUGCAGGAGACGAUUUCAAAAAAUGCAAGCUGACUACAACAAGAAGUUGGAAAAUUUACGAGCCAACUACGACGACAAGUUGGAAAAUUUACAACAACAGGUGGCUAUGCUAAUGUAGAUGCAACAACAAAAUUGUAGUAGACAGAGUAUCUCCAAAUCCAUUUUCUAGUUGUGAUGCCAAUUCAGUUAAGGUUAUGAAUUUUUAAUUUCUCUUAUAUAUAUGUUAAAUUUUCAUUUAUUAUAAUGUGCGCUUAAUGAAUUUAUAAAAAAUGUAGGGUAAUUCAAAUCAAAUAAUCAUAUGGGCAAGAAGACUUGUUGAAGUCGAAGUUGAAGAUGGGGUCGUGGCUGUGCUUUCUGAAUUUCCUUCACCUUGGAUGGGUUCUUUUUGAAAAACUUGUAUUACAUUUGUUAAAAAUUCUUAAUUUUUUUUGUGUGACAUUUAGUACCUUUAUCUAGACAAUUUGGAUGGUAUUUUCAUAUUGGCAGGUUAACUUGUGGUUGUAUUAGUAUACAUUUUUUACUAGCUUAACUUGUGGUGGUAUUAGUAGUCAA